UGCCUCCCGAAUGCCAGGCUGUUUGAGGACGCUCAUGGGGAACUAUUCCUGCUCCACAGCCCAGCGAUGGGUCCCUUCUGCCCCCCCACCCAGGCAUGGGUGCCCAGUGGGUGCUUCCCCAUCCCCAGUGCCAGUUCCCACAGUGACAGGAGCCCAGAGCACCACCCCCACUCCACCCACCUCUCCGGGCUGCAGCAGGAAGAGCAGGACCCCCAGGCUGCAGGGACACCAUGGGCAGCAAGGAGCGGUUUCACUGGCAAAGCCACAAUGUCAAGCAGAGUGGAGUGGAUGACAUGGUCCUUCUCUCCAAAAUCUCUGAGGAUGCUAUUGUGGAAAAUCUUAAAAAGCGCUUCCUGGAUGAUUACAUCUUCACCUACAUUGGCUCAGUGCUCAUCUCAGUCAAUCCCUUCAAGCAGAUGCCUUACUUUACGGACCGGGAGGUUGAGCUGUACCAAGGAGCGGCUCAGUAUGAAAAUCCGCCCCACAUCUACGCUCUGACCGACAAUAUGUAUCGGAACAUGCUGAUCGACGGAGAGAACCAGUGCGUCAUUAUCAGUGGGGAAAGCGGGGCUGGAAAAACGGUGGCAGCCAAAUACAUUAUGGGCUACAUUUCCAAAGUGUCCGGAGGUGGAGAGAAAGUGCAGCACGUGAAAGACAUCAUCCUGCAGUCCAACCCUCUGCUGGAAGCCUUUGGGAACGCCAAAACCGUCCGGAACAACAACUCCAGCCGAUUUGGGAAAUACUUUGAAAUCCAGUUCAGCCGGGGCGGCGAGCCGGAUGGAGGGAAGAUCUCCAACUUCCUGCUGGAGAAAUCCAGGGUAGUGAACCAGAAUGAGAACGAGAGGAACUUUCACAUCUACUACCAGCUCAUUGAAGGGGCCUCCCAGGAGCAGCAGCAGAACCUGGGGAUCAUGACCCCCGAUUAUUACUACUACCUGAACCAGUCCGAAACCUACAAGGUGGACGACACUGAUGACCGAAACGACUUCCACGAGACCAUGAACGCCAUGCAGGUGAUAGGCAUCGCCAGAGAGGACCAGAGGCUGGUGUUACAGAUCGUGGCUGGAAUCCUGCACCUGGGCAACAUUAACUUCCGAGAACAGGGCAACUAUGCCCAGGUGGAGAAUCCUGACCUGCUGGCCUUCCCCGCCUACCUGCUGGGGAUUGAUAAGGACAGGCUCAAUGACAAGAUCACCAGCAGGAAGAUGGACAGCAAGUGGGGUGGCCGGUCAGAGUCGAUCAACGUGACCCUGAACGUGGAGCAGGCAUCCUACACCCGCGAUGCCCUGGCCAAAGGGCUCUACUCGCGGGUUUUUGACUUCCUUGUGGAGUCCAUUAACAGGGCCAUGCAGAAGCCCAAUGAGGAGUACAGUAUCGGGGUGCUGGAUAUCUACGGCUUUGAAAUAUUCCAGAAAAACGGCUUUGAACAAUUCUGUAUUAACUUUGUGAAUGAGAAGCUGCAGCAGAUCUUUAUAGAGCUGACCCUUAAAGCGGAGCAGGAAGAGUAUGUGCAGGAGGGGAUCAAGUGGACCCCGAUCCAGUAUUUCAAUAACAAAGUGGUGUGUGACCUGAUAGAGAACAAGCUGAAUCCUCCUGGGAUCAUGAGUGUCCUCGAUGACGUCUGUGCCACCAUGCACGCAACGGGGGAAGGAGCGGACCAGACCCUCUUGCAGAAGCUCCAGGCAGCAGUGGGAACUCACGAGCACUUUAACAGCUGGAACUCGGGCUUUGUAAUCCACCACUAUGCAGGCAAGGUCUCCUAUGACGUGAAUGGCUUUUGCGAACGGAACCGGGACGUGCUUUUCACCGACCUGAUUGAGCUCAUGCAGAGCAGCGAACAUGCUUUCAUCCGGAUGCUUUUCCCGGAAAAACUAGAUGCCGACAAGAAGGGUCGACCGACCACAGCCAGCUCCAAGAUCAAGAAACAGGCCAAUGACCUGGUGAACACCCUCAUGAAAUGCACGCCACACUACAUCCGCUGCAUCAAACCCAACGAGACCAAGAGACCCAAGGACUGGGAGGAAAGCAGGGUGAAGCACCAAGUGGAAUAUCUGGGGCUGAAAGAGAACAUCCGCGUACGCAGGGCAGGAUUUGCCUAUCGACGGGUCUUUCACAAGUUUCUACAAAGGUAUGCCAUCCUGACGGCAGAGACGUGGCCGUGCUGGCGCGGGGACGAGCGCCAGGGCGUGCAGCACUUGCUGCGGUCGGUUAACAUGGACGCCGACCAGUAUCAGAUGGGCCGGAGCAAGGUCUUUGUCAAGAACCCAGAAUCACUCUUUCUGCUGGAGGAGAUGCGGGAGCGGAAGUUUGAUGGCUUUGCCCGAGUUAUCCAGAAGGCCUGGCGGAAGCACAUCGCCAUCCGGAAGUACGAACAGAUGCGAGAGGAAGCUUCCCACAUCCUGUACAAUUUCAAGGAAAGGAGGAAGAACAGCAUCAACCGGAAUUUUGUGGGCGAUUAUCUGGGCAUGGAGGACAGGCCUGAGCUGCGUCAAUUCAUGGGGAAGAGGGAGCGGAUAGACUUCGCUGACUCGAUCACCAAGUAUGACCGGAGAUUCAAGCCCAUCAAGCGUGACUUCAUCCUGACCCCCAAGUACUUCUACCUGAUUGGCCGCGAGAAGGUCAAGAAGGGUCCCGAGAAAGGCCAGAUCAAGGAGGUGCUGAAGAAGAAGGUGGAGAUCCAGGCCAUCUGCAGAGUCUCCCUCAGCACGAGGCAGGACGACUUCUUCAUCCUCCACGAGGAGGAAGCCGACAGCUUCCUGGAGUCCAUCUUUAAGACAGAGCUCAUCAGCCUGCUGUGCAAACGCUACGAGGAGCUGACCCAGCGCAAGCUGCAGCUCAGCUUCGCUGACACACUACAGUUCCGGGUGAAGAAGGCAGGGUGGGGUGGAGGCGGCACACGCAGCAUAACGUUCCUGAGGGGCCAGGGCGACGUGGCCGUCUUCAAAGCAGGAGGCAAGACCCUGACGGUCAGCAUCGGGGACGGGCUCCCCAAGAACUCCAAGCCCACUAAGAAAGGAAUCCAGAAGAGCAGAGGCCACCACAAGCAACCGGCGCCUUCCAGAAAUGCCCCACAAGCCCCAAGAGGGACCUGCAGGAACGGCACUGCCCAGUUCCCCCGUAAUGACAACCGACAGCGGGAGCAGAUGUACACCAGGACCCAGAAACAGGCACAGGGGCCUCCUGCCGCCAUGCUGCCUAAGCAGGGCGUGAGCCGCAGGACCAGGGCAAGACCCCCCUCAGAGCAAAAUUUGGAGUUCCUGAAUGUGCCCGACCAAGGGGUGGCAGGCAUGCAGAGGAAAAGAAGCAUCAACCAGCGGCCCCCUCCGGCAAGACGUCCCAAGCCCCAGCCCAAGGUCACCGGCCCGCGCUGCCAAGCACUGUAUCAGUACAUUGGGCAAGACGUGGAUGAGCUCAGCUUCAACAUCGGUGACGUCAUUGACAUCCUGCUGGAAGAUCCGUCCGGAUGGUGGAAAGGUCGGCUUCAUGGCAAAGAAGGGCUCUUCCCUGGGAAUUACGUGAAGAAGAUCUGAGUGAGCCUCGGUCCGCAGGCUGCCCGGACGGGUGGAGCAGAGAUAGGCGUGAAUGAAUUCAUCCAACCUCAUCUUCUGAUAAACAGAAACCAGGCCCUGCCCGGUGAGCACUGGCUCCCCUUGCCAACUGGGAGGGACAGCUGCAGGCCAGAUGUGGAGCAGAUGGACAGCUCUUCAACAGCCAAGCAUGAUGCAGAAACUAUGACACUAGCGUUGUUUGGAUUCCCAGACCCAGGCGUUGUCAAUUACGCUUGUAUUUAAAGUUGGGUGGGUGGGGGCGGAGUUAAUGCCAGAUGGCUGCUGGGCGGCUAUGUGUUGUGCCAUUCUGCUGAAGCUGCCACUUUACCAAGUGCUUCGACUCCCUUCCAGUUUCCUUUCCCUCACUGCGUGACUCUGCUGCUCUGCUGUUGUCUGUGACCUGGAGCAACGUCGCAUUGUCCGCAGAAGUCACCUGCACUGAUUUCUGUCGCGAGUUAAGAUUGUAAGCUCUUUGGAGCAGGGACCAGCUCUUUGUUACACAUUUGUACAGCUCCUAGCACAGCGGGACAGGAAGCGUACAAGUAGUAAGUAAGAAUAAUGUUGUCCUCACUUAUAGCAGUGGUGACUUUGACCGUGUGACUUGGCACAUAGCACUCAUAUGUUGUUGCUAUUGCACACUGAAUCCUGACCCUGGAGCUGUGGGGAAAGCAGAAAUGAGGGAGCCGAAAUCCCCAGGAAUUUCAGCCACCGUUAAUCUCAGCCAUGGUUAACGACUGAUUUCCGCAGGGCCCCCCGCAGUGAUAUAGGAACUCUUGCCUCCAAAAUGGUGGUUCCCACCUUAGUACAAACCCUGGGACCAACAUCAUGGGGAUGCUCGUCUGAGACUGCACAGUUACCUCAAAGAAGAUGAUUCUGUAUCUAGAUUUUGCUGGAGGGUGUGGAGCAAGGAAUCCAGCCGUUCCCGCAUGAUAGCUCAGGUACAGUCUCCUUUCGAUACGUCUGAGCGGCGAAGCGUUAUGCUGAACUGCUCGGCCAAACCAUGUGGGCCCCACAGGGGAUUUGGAUGUGUAUUCAGCAGGGAAUUCUAACAACGCUACCUCCAGAACAACACGGGUCUAGGCGAGAAAGUGACACCCUGGGGAACCCGGUGCCACAGAACCGUGUGCGUGUAUUGCUGUUAUCUGACUGCCUGGAGAAAAAGUCACGGGGAAUAUUUCACUGAAGUGCUGAGAGCCAAUUUUCCUUUGGGGAGGGGAGUUUAUUUUCAGGCAAGUCAGGUCAUAUAGCCCUAGUUGACUGGGAUGCUCCAAAAUCACUGGCUCAACAGAUGUAGGGAUUUGUCAUGACUAAUACAGAGCUUGGACUGCCCCAAAUUAGCAGAUCAAUAAAGGGAGAAUUUUGCUUUCUUUUGUA